AUGUUUCAAUCCUUCACGGGCAAUUCUCGUCGUCCGCGGCAGGUGAACCUCAGUGGCCGAGCCACCAAUCCCUUCGCCGCAUUUCCGGGAAACUCGCCCAACCGACAAACUCCUCAUGCCGCAAAUCCCGAGAGCGCGGUCGCCAUUGCCCAGCGGGAGCGAGCCCUGAGACAACAUGAAAGAGAUCGACAGACCGCAUCUCGUACCGUCCAGCGAGUUUGGCGGGGUCAUCAAAGCAGGAACGCCACAUAUAAGAACUGGAAGUCUGAAUGGGACAACUUUGAAUGGGAGAGAGUUAUGGGCGCCCUGGGAUUGGAGGAUGAUCAGCGCCCAACGACGGAGGUUGAGCGUCUGGAGUGUCUAGCACGCCUUUCCGCACCGCCAUAUCACACAGCGGAGCAAUGUUUGGAUCAGCUCAGGCUUCUGGUUCAGUUUGUGGGACUGGUAAAAAAGAAAGAUGAUGUCCUACGUCUUGUAUACUUUUGCAAUGUCUUUGAGCAGACUUUCAAUGCUCUUCCCACGAUUGCUACAGAGAAUGAAUGGACCGAGCUGUUGAAACGGCUGGCAAUCGCUAUUCUACAUGCCCUGAGCUUGGCAAAGGACAGUCCGACCCAUGAAGCAGCAGUUCUUCCUCUCCUUCGGACGAUAGUCUUCCUGGUCGACUUGAUACCGAAGAGGAUGGCAACAAUUGCCAAACAAUACUAUCAAACCAUGGCCUUCCUGACAAAGAACCUUGAGCUUUGGAGAGACACUUUGUCGCCGGAGCUAAUCACUAACGCUGUCCUGGCACUUCUGAGGCCAAUCACCUCAGAAACGAUGACAGCGUAUGAAGCCCUUGCCAUGUCUUAUCUCACAAUUCCGAACCUGCCGACUUAUCUUGGUGAUCUUGAUGGAUUGGCGCACCAAAUUAACUAUAAACUGCUGGCGCCUGCUAUCGAAUUGUGUAUCCCUGCGACCAAAGAACGGAUUUCUACCGACGACGUGGAGGGUAUCGAGGGCCGACUUUGGUUGCUUGCCUACUUGAUCUUCUUUCACCGAUAUGCUCUUCCAGGCCAGGCUAACCUCCAAGCCCCAGACCUUGAAUUCUUGUGUGUUGUCUCUGGGUUGCUAAACUCAACAUCUAUCUAUCUGACGCGGUCUUUGGAGGCGGACGAAAGUGGCGCAGAUUCAAUCAGAGGUCCUUAUCUAGAUCAGUUCGUCACAGAUCAAGUCAGUAGCCUGGUCAACCAAAGUAGCAUUACAGGGCUACUUUCUCGCAUCAAAUCAGCCCACCUUUCUCAAACAGGCUUAUCAAGCAACGAAUCUAACGCUUCAAAAGAAGCCAAAAUUGUUGCUACUUAUGCCCUGAACUUGCUGAGGGUCUUUCCUCGACGUGGAGAUGACAUUCGAAUGUGGUUAUACCUGGGCUCGGCACCUUCAGCGGGUCCUGCUUCCGGCGAGCCAGGUGCGAAAAUACCGGCAAUUAAAUAUUUUUGGCAGGCGUCAAAAUCCAGUCGGAUAUUUGACAUCGUCAGCAAGGAUUCGACCCAAGUUCUCCCAUUGCUGCAACCGCCACAAGACGGGAAUCAAGAGGAACAAGAUCAGGAGUGGACGAUUAUCCUUCUCUUUUUUGAGCUUUACACAUUCCUCUUGAAAGUCAUGGAUGAUGAAGAGUUUUUCUCAAGUGCCUCACCAUUUACGUCUUCAUCAAAUGUCCUGUCUUCGUGGACGAAAGAGAGUGCCCUACCCCUUGGAGACAUUGGAGACAUGACCGUCUUCCUCAAAAACCUAGCCUUCACCCUCUACUGGAAUGUUGCCGACUUGACCAAGAAAGGGCCUGUUCCAUCAUCUGCUGUGGAUCUUAGAAGCUAUUUUAACAACACGAGUCAGGUUUCUGAACCGACUGAGCGUUUUGAGGUGGAGGUCAAAAAGGAAAUCAAUGAUCUUCCCGGUGUGACAGGCAUCCCACUUGACUACUUCAAAGGCUUGGUUACUGGCUUGCUCAGAAUGUUGCAUGAGCGAGAUUCUCGACGCAAGUUCCUUCCUCCCAAUCAUUGGUUAAUGACGGAUCGAUUCGACAUGGAAGGCUUUAUCCCAGCCGUUGUGGCAGAAGAAGAGAAACGCCAUGAAUUCCAAGACGAUGAUGAAGAUUCUGAACCUGAUCUUCUUGACGAGGAAUACUCAGAGCCUUCUCAACUUGUCGGCAAUAGUCAUGCGCGACGAUUAAUUCACAUUCAGGCCAUGCGAAAUAGUCAACGAAGGCAAGCUCAUAACAAUGCUCUUGCCGCCAUUGCCCCACGGCUAGAGAUACUCCGAAAUAUGCCUUUCUUCAUCCCAUUCGCCACACGAGUGCAAAUCUUUCGUCAAUUUAUCUUCAGGGAUCAGGAGCGUCGCCGAAAAGGUUUUGUGGAUCCUGAAUCCUGGCGCUUGUCUGUGGCCCAAAAUGCUAUGAUAAAUGGACCACCUGAGGGUGCAGCGAAUAUCUUGGCCCGACAUCACGCUGACAUCCGGCGUGAGAGUGUGUUUGAAGAUGCAUUCUCUCAAUACUAUAGCUUGGGUGACGGUCUCAAAGAGCCAAUCCAGAUCAGUUUUAUUGACCAAUUUGGAGCAAUGGAAGCCGGCAUUGAUGGUGGCGGGGUGACAAAGGAGUUCCUGACUAGUAUCACAUCCCAAGCUUUCAAGACUGAUGACUACGAGAGCAUGUUUGCGGAAAAUGACCACCAUCUGCUCGAGGCUGGACUCACAAGCUCAAGCGUAGAGUGGCAGGAUGACGUGCGUGGUCUUCUUCGACGCUAUGAAUUCCUCGGCCGGAUCAUCGGAAAGUGUCUUUAUGAGGGAAUCUUGGUCGAUGUCAACUUCGCACCAUUCUUCCUCUUGAAGUGGGCCUUGACAGGAGGCUCUAGGUCUGCGGUGAAGGAAUCUUCUUAUCGUGCCAACUUGAACGACUUGAAGGAUCUCGAUGAGGGGUUAUACCAGGGUUUGUUACAACUGAAGAAUUACACUGGAAAUGUGGAAGACUUUGGCCUUGACUUCACCAUUAACAAUGUAAUUCGGAUGCCCAGUGGAAACAACCGCACUGUCACGGUAGAUCUGAAACCAAAUGGUUCACAGACCGCUGUGACAAACAAGAACCGAUUGGUCUACAUUUCCUACAUCGCUCGCUACCGUCUGCAGUUGCAACCUGCUCUACAGACGAACGCCUUUUUGCAAGGUCUGGGGCAGAUAAUUCAACCCGCCUGGCUAUCCAUGUUCAAUCAAUCCGAGUUGCAAACGCUGGUGAGCGGAGACAAGGCUGAUAUUGAUGUGGAGGAUCUGCGACGGAACACCCUCUACGGAGGUGUGUAUGUGAUUGGUGAUGACAACUUGGAACAUCCCACAAUUGCACUCUUCUGGCAAGUCAUGCACGAGAUGACCAACGAGGAACGGCAAAAGGUCAUCCGUUUUGUGACCUCUACCCCCCGAGCUCCAUUGCUGGGGUUCAGUCAUCUCCGUCCCCACUUCAGCAUUAGAGACUCCAGUGAAGACCAGGAAAGAUUGCCAAGUACUAGUACUUGCGUGAAUCUUCUGAAGCUGCCCCGAUACUCUGAUGCGGAGACGUUGAGGAGUAAACUGUUGUAUGCAGUGAGUUCAGGUGCAGGGUUUGAUUUAAGUUGA